AUGGGAUACUCGCAAGAGCAACUAAACUACUUCAGACUCUGCUACAUAGCAUUUGAUUUGGUUCCAGUGGGACUGCGGCAGAUUUUCAAAAACGAGUGGGAUUUCCUUUAUGAAGGAACAUUAAUUGGAAAAUGGAAAGACACGGCACAAAAUGGUCAUGAUUUCUACAACAAGGAAUCUAAAGCAAGGCACAAGAAAAACUCUCGGUGUCUAGCAACAAUACAGAAUGGUAACACGGCAGAGUGGGACUGCACAUGUUUGUUUUUUGCCACCCUGUACUCAGACAGCAUUGGUACCACAUUAAGUCCAGCUGUCCAUAAAGAGAUCGAUGAUAUUCGUCAGGUGCGAAACGAGAUCGCUCAUAUCACCGAGGCAAAGUUGACAGAUGCCGACUUUCAAACUUUUGUAGACAGAGUCUUGAAGGCUUUUACAUCCCUUGAUCUUGCUAUAACUGACAUUCAAGACAUAAAGAACCAGACGAGCUUUCCAACGGAGGAAGUGGAAAACUUUAAGAAGCAAGUUCGUGAUCUCCAAGCCGGGUUAGAUCAGGCAAAAAGCGCUAAUCAAAGUAUAGAAGCUGCCCUAGUUUCAACAAAAGAAGAAAACAAAGCUCUUACACAGGAAAUAAGUGCCAAGCUUCAGUCAUUUUGCAUUCUCGCAUCGCGCCCACCACAUGUUAUCAUUAGGCGCUCGCAUGACAUUGAAAGAAUCACUAAGAAAAUGGAGGAACUUUACAAUGGUUCCAGCGGAGCAGUCAGUACAGUGUAUUUGUCAGGAAAUCCAGGAUGCGGCAAGAGCCAAAUUGCCCGGGAAAUUGGACAACAGUUGUUUUCUGAACAAAACGAUGACCUUACAUUUGUUGCGACACUGAACACAGAAAGCAUUGAGACACUUGCGGACUCUUACCUCACCCUUGGAAGACACCUAGGGAUAACAGAAUACGCGUUCACAGGCUUAGAAUCUUUAAAACAAGAGAAACCUAUUGAAGCAAUUAAACAGCUUCAUCGCUUGAUUUUGCCGAAGACCAACAAGUUUACGAGAUGGGUGAUGAUUGCAGACAAUGUGAUUUACUUGCGCUUAGUCCGCACCUUGCUUCCUCAAACCGGCAGUAAAGAAUGGGGUCAUGGGCAAGUGCUGAUUACCACUCAAGAUGGUGAUACAAUUCCUCAAAACGCCCCUCACACGUAUCAUGAAUCGUUAAGCAAAGGAAUGAGGCGGGAAGAGGCAGUGGAAUUGCUGGAAACAGUAUCGCAAAUUUCAGAGCGAGUGCAAGUAGAAGAUGUCGCUCAACGUGUCGAUUUUCAGCCACUGGCCUUAGCUGCUGCUGCUUAUUACGUGCAAACUGUUGUGUCCAGUGGGUCUUCAAAUUAUGAUUGGAAAGAAUUCCUUCAAGACAUAUCAACAUACAGCCAGCGAAAACAGACCGAAACUGUCCUUGCUAAAGAGAGUUCAGCCUACAAUAAAACAACAAUGGCGGCAGUAGAAAUGGCUAUCCAAAGAGCUGUUGACUCAGACGAGGUUCUUCGUCAUAAAUUCUCUUUUCUUUCGCUCUGCGCUAACAAAGACCUACCACUCGAAACUGUUUUAAAGUUCGUCAAAGCCCAAGUUAAAGACCAGCCAGAAGUUUUGAUGAAGAAAAAGAUUGUAAGGUCCUGUUUAACUCUUGUUUAUUCCGAAGAAGGGGAUGAACGAGCUUCUUUACGUUUACAUAAAGUUGUGCAUGAAGUGUUAAAACAAGGCGAGAUAGCUAACCUGAAAUCAUGUGAGAGAGACCACGCCAAGGCAGAAGCGGUAAAGAUUUUCAAGUCCCAACUCCAAGAAAAUUACAAGAAAUAUGCUUUUUGUAAAAAACUAAUGCCCCACUGUGAAUCUUUACUUGAGCAUAUGACGCCAGAUCAAAACACUCUUUUAGAAAGGUUUGCGCCCUUCGUGGAUUUGGAUACAGUCAUUAAUUGGCUACAUACUCUCGCCGGAGUCUGUCAGCAAAGCUCCUAUUUCUCGUUUGCGAAACGUGUGGUCAACUUUGCUUACGAUCUACUGGGGAACUUAGACGACACUUCAGCAGAUGCAAUAACUCGUAAAGGGAAGGUUUUGAAUAUGAGUGGUCAAGUGUACAACCGCCUGGGAGAAUACAAUCAAGCCAAAGAACUUCACGAAAACGCACUAAUGCUUUACAGGAAGAUUUUUGGUGAAGAUCAUGCCGAUGUAGCAACAAGUUAUGGCAACUUGGCAUCAGUGUACAACCACCUGGGAGAAUACAAUCAAGCCAAAGAACCUCACGAAAAAGCACUGACGAUUCGCAAAAGAUUUUUGGUGAAGAUCAUGCCGAUGUAGCAACAAGUUAUAGCGACUUGGCAUUGGUGUACAACCGCCUGGGAGAAUACAAUCAAGCCAAAGAACUUACCGAAAACGCACUGACGAUUCGCGAAAAGAUUUUUGGUGAAGAUCAUGCCGAUGUAGCAACAAGUUAUAGCAACUUGGCAUCAGUGUACAACCACCUGGGAGAAUACAAUCAAGCCAAAGAACUUCAGGAAAAAGCACUGACGAUUUUAAAAAAGAUUUUUGGUGAAGAUCAUGCCGAUGUAGCAACAAGUUAUAACAACUUGGCAUUUGUGUACAACCGCCUGGGAAAAUACAAUCAAGCCAAAGAACUUCACGAAAGAGCCCUCACGAUUUUGAAAAUGAUUUUUGGUGAAGGUCAUGCCAAUGUGGCAACAAGUUAUAGCAACUUGGCAUCAGUGUACGAACGCCUGGGAGAAUACAACCAAGCCAAAGAUCUUCACGAAAAAGCACUGACGAUUCGCAGAAAGACUUUUGGUGAAGAUCAUGCCGAAGUAGCAACAAGUUUCAACAACUUGGCAUUAGUGUACGACCGCCUGGGAAAAUACAAUCAAGCCAAAGAACUUCAGGAGAAAGCACUGACGAUUGACAAAAAGAUUUUUGGUGAAGAUCAUGCCGCUGUAGCAACAAGUUAUAACAACUUGGCAUCAGUGUACGAGCACCUCGGAGAAUACAAUCAAGCCAAAGAACUUCACGAAAAAGCACUGAGGAUUCGCAAAAAGAUUUUUGGUGAAGAUCAUGCCGAUGUAGCAACAAGCUAUAAUAACUUGGCAUUAGUGCACAACAGCCUGGGAGAAUACAAUCAAGCCAAAGAACUUACCGAAAAAGCACUGAUGCUUUUCAAAAAGAUUUUUGGUGAAGAUCAUGCCGAUGUAGCUACAAGUUACAGCAACUUGGCAUUAGUGUACAACAGUCUAGGAGAAUAUAAGAAAGCUAAAAAACUUCUAGAAAAAGCAUUGAUUAUUUACAAGAAGAUUUUUGGUGAAGAUCAUAUUAAUUUAGCAAGGAGUUAUAACAACUUGGCAUCAGUGUACAACAGCCUGGGAGAAUACAUUCAAGCCAAAGAACUUCACGAAAAAGCACUGAUGCUUUUCAAAAAGAUUUUUGGUGAAGAUCAUGCCGAUGUAGCAACAAGUUACAGCAACUUGUCAUUAGUGUACAACAGCCUGAGAAAAUACAAUCAAGCCAAAAAGCUUCGCAGAAAAGCAAUGAUGAUUCGCAAAAAGAUUUUUGGUGAAGAUCAUGCCGAAUUGUAGCAACAGGUUAAAGCAACUUGGCAUCAGUGUACAACCGCCUGGGAGAAUACAAUCAAGCUUAAGAACUUCACGAAAAAGCACUGACAAUCUGGAAAAGAUUUUUGUUGAAGAUCAUGUCAAUGUAGCAACAAGUUAUAACAACUUGACAUUAGUUUACAACAGCCUAGGAGAAUACAUUCAAGCCAAAGAACUUCACGAAAAAGCACUACAAUUCGCAAAAAGGUUUUUGGUGAAGAUAAUGCCGAUGUAGCAACAAGUUAUGACAACUUGGCAUCAGCGCCCAGCAGCCUGGUGGAAAACAGUUCAGCCAAAGAACUUUUAGAAAAGGCACUGAUGAUUUACGAGAAGAUUUCUGGUGAUGAUCAUGCCGAUGUAGCAACAGGUUAUAACAACUUGACAUCAGUGUACGACGGCCUGGGAGAAUACAAUCAAGCCAAAGAACUCCACGAAAAAGCACUGACGAUUUUAAAAAAGAUUUUUGGCGAAGAUCAUGGCGAUGUAGCAACAAGUUAUAGCAACUUGGCAUUGGUGUACAACCGCCUGGGAGAAUACAAUCAAGCCAAAGAACUUCACAAAAAAGCACUGACUAUUCGCAGAACGAUUUUUAGUGAAGAUCAUAACGAUGUAGCAACAAGUUCUGGCAAC